CACCCAAAUGUAUCUUAUUUCUUUUUUCUUUUUUAUUUUUUGCAAUUUCCCAUCUAAUUUCUCCAACCAGCCUGCCCUCACAGUUCACAAGAAUCGUUCUUCAUCAGCUCCAUCUUCUUCUUCUGGGAUUUCCUCGUCUGAUAGCCAUCUUUUAAACGAAAUAAAACAAUACAUAUUCCUUUAGUAUACAUUUGUCCAUUUUUGCCAUUUAGAUUUUAUUGGGUGUUCCUUUAGAAAUGAAUAGUCUAAGCUGGGCUAUCUUCGUUCCUCUGUUUGCUGCCUUCUUGAUCACAACUGAUGCAAUCGUGCGGGAAAGGAGUCAACGCACAGAACGAAUUUCAGUACACUCUCAGGUUUCAUAUGAAUAAGAAAAAAGAAUUUAACAAAUACAAAGCUUAACAGCUCUAAGCCUUUAACAACCAGCGGAGGGUGAGCUGCGCCCUAGGUUGAGGUGAGGGGUCGGACUCAGCAGUAGAUGUUCGUAUGAGUUCCUACAAAGGCAGCAUCAGUUCAGCAGAGGCCCAGGCAAAGUUGUUACAGACUUGCAGGGAGUAUAACAUUUAAUAGCUUAUAAGAAUACUAAAUAACAGCACACUGUUAGCUCACCGAUGACCUGUCUACGCUUAAUGUGACAUAAGGGAAGUACAAAUCUGAUUGGUUUCAACCUUCAAUUUUAUUUAUCAACAGAACAAGGGAUGUUUUGAGAGCUCCCUAUCUCUCCAAUUCUCCAGAGAGAACAAUUACAAAGAUCAAUUUUCAGAUGCCUCUCCCUUACAAUCAUACCUCUUAUAUAUGCCCCCUCACUGCUGGUGAUGUUUUGGAGGAUAAUCCCGUGGGAAGGUUGAAGGUGUUUGUCUAUGAGCUUCCUAGUAAAUACAACAAGAAAAUUCUCCAGAAAGAUCCUAGAUGUCUUAAUCACAUGUUUGCAGCCGAGAUCUUUAUGCAUCGCUUUCUCUUAACUAGUCCUGUUCGAACCCUUAAUCCUGAAGAAGCUGACUGGUUUUAUACUCCAGUUUAUACAACUUGCGACCUUACUCCAAAUGGUCUCCCUUUGCCAUUUAAGUCCCCUCGAAUGAUGAGAAGUGCCAUACAACUUAUUUCUUCAAACUGGCCUUACUGGAACCGGACGGAAGGGGCUGAUCACUUUUUUGUCGUGCCCCACGAUUUUGGGGCUUGCUUUCACUAUCAAGAAGAGAAGGCAAUUGAAAGAGGAAUCCUUCCUUUGCUACAACGUGCUACUUUGGUUCAGACUUUUGGACAACGAAAUCAUGUUUGCUUGAAGGAGGGAUCAAUUACAAUUCCUCCUUAUGCUCCUCCUCAAAAAAUGCACGCCCACCUCAUUCCUGAAAAAACUCCUAGGUCCAUCUUUGUUUACUUUCGUGGACUAUUCUAUGAUGUUGGGAAUGAUCCUGAAGGUGGUUAUUACGCAAGAGGUGCAAGAGCUGCUGUGUGGGAGAACUUCAAGGAUAAUCCUCUUUUUGAUAUAUCAACGGAGCAUCCAACUACUUACUAUGAGGACAUGCAGCGAGCUGUGUUUUGUCUUUGCCCGCUUGGAUGGGCUCCUUGGAGCCCUCGAUUGGUCGAGGCUGUGAUAUUUGGUUGCAUCCCUGUUAUCAUAGCGGACGACAUUGUUCUGCCCUUUGCAGAUGCAAUUCCUUGGGAAGAAAUUGGGGUGUUUUUAGACGAGAAAGAUGUUGCUAACUUGGACACGAUAUUAACGUCCAUCCCACUUGAAAUGAUACUGAGAAAGCAGAGACUAUUAGCAAAUCCUUCCAUGAAACAAGCAAUGCUAUUUCCACAGCCUGCUCAACCUGGAGAUGCUUUUCACCAGGUCCUGAAUGGACUUGCCCGUAAGUUGCCUCACGACAGGAGUGUCUACCUUAAGGCCGGUGAGAAGAUUCUAAAUUGGACCGCAGGUCCGGUGGGUGAUUUGAAGCCCUGGUAAAGUUUCAGUAAAAGCGUUUUUUUUUUCUCCACUCUAUGGGUGAGGUGGGGGUUCAAACCUCUGCCUCGAGGUUUAUAGUAAAAAGAUAGACAUUUUUUUACAUCUAUAGUGUAAAUUUAGUAUAAUAUUACACGUUUUUGCUACAUUUGUAGUUAUCUUGCUAAGUUCUGAGGAGGUUAUAAUUGCAUCAAGAUUAAUUUCCAAGCUUCUUUAA